CGGAGUGGAAGUCACAGGCAUGGAAGGAAGGGAGAAAAGAAGGACAGAGAGCACAAGUCAAGAGAACCCAGUCGCAAACAGGAAGUGCCUUUAUCGUACUUCAGCUUUCUUUUUGUUGUUAACGAGUUCCGGAUUUUUGAAGGGGGCGUCGUUGGAGAUCCUCUCGGCAAUACCCGCCCACCCAACUCUGCCGAUGGCUACGAUGAAGAGAAAGCCGGAAAGGUCUGGCGGUAUCAGAACGGGUCAAUCGAUCUAGCUGCUGGAUAUCAAUGGUCCCGUCCCCUACCGGGAUCUCCGGGGAUCAUCCGUGGCCCAGUCCCAGAGGUUGAUGAGUUUGGAAAUUAUGUUUUUGUCGACCGCGAGAUGGAGGUGUAUAAGACUUACAGCGUCUUCAACUGCUGGCGCUUUCUCCCCUGCGUAUUCUACAACGGGGACGUAUCUACUGUCGACGACGCACGCGUCGAAGGAUGGCAAACCCUGAUAUUUACCCCAGGUCAAAUGGAUCUGGCCUUGACUCGUAUCGGUUGCUUCGACUUUGACAACGCAGCUACGAGGCAUGUUGUUGGACGCAAUCCAUCUUGGAUGCCCCAUCUUCUACCAUACACAUUCUCUACAUCAAAUGCAGCAGCUCCCCAGUCCACGGGCCUCGGCGGCAACUUAUCCAUCAUCAUCGCCCUCAUGGCUCUAGCGAGAGAGCCAGGCGACACAGACAGAGUGUUCAGGGAGAAGCUAUGGGAUAUGGGUAUCUUGAGAGGCAGCCGAUCUUCUCGUGCUGGUGAGUACCUUGUGGAUUUUCCAAGGGGUGUCAUGGUCCAGAUCUGCUGCGAUAGCUUCAACACCAACUCGACCCCUGAUACUAUUCUUGAUUUCGAGAUACGAGGUUGCGCCGUCUAUGGCUGA